CUGAAAAUGGCUGACGAGUGUCCCAAAAUGAGCCUUCAGCGGGAAGUGACUUGCUCCAUCUGCCUGGACUACUUCACAGACCCAUAUACGGUUGACUGUGGACACCACUUCUGCCGCGUCUGCAUUUACCGGUGUGUUACUGAGGCUACCUCGCAAGCCACCUGCCCCCAGUGCAGAGCGCCGAUUCAGCCGCAGAAUUUCACGCCAAACAGGGACAUGGUCAGGUUUGUGGAAAUAUCGAAGCAGAUGAGCCGCCACAGAGAUUGGGAACUAGGGGGGAAGCAGCUGUGCGAGACACACCAGGAGCCCCUGAAAUAUUUCUGCAAAAACGAUCAAGUCCGCAUCUGUCCAGUGUGUGACAAAUCAGAAGGACAUGAGGGCCAUGACACGAUUCCUGUGGAGGAUGCCGCCCUUGAGCUGAAGUUGAAAAUGUCGGAGGGGAAGGAGAAAAUAACGACCGCUUUCAUAAUACUGCGGGAAUUUCUGACGGACGCGGAACUCCUUGUGGGUGACGAGAUGAGCAAAGUGGAAAAAGAGAUUGGGAGGACAAUGGAGGAGAACAUGAGCCUAGCAGCGGAGAAGAUCUCUUCUUUCACGCACAUCCUUGAGAACAUGGCGGAGAUGUGUCGGCUGCCAGAAGUCGAACUCCUGGAGAACGCUGGAAGGAAGUUGCAGAGGUGGGCAAGGGAGAGAUUUGAUAGAACAGUGGCAUACCCCGCUGCGCUGAAAAGGAGAGUCUGGGAGCUGUACGAUCUUCAUAACUUCAUGGAGAUUUCUGUGAAUCAUAUCCGAGUCCUGUUUGACUCUGGAUUUCAGCUACACUACGAUAAAGUAAAUGUGACUUUAGAUCCUGUUACGGCACACCCCAAACUGGAGGUGUCUGAGGACUGUAAAGUAGUGAGAUGGGUUCAUGAGGAUCGAGCAGUUCUCAACCAUCCACGGAGGUUCGACUUCUGUCCUUGCGUGCUGGGCUGCGAAGGGUUCAACUCCGGCAAACUUUAUUGGGAGGUUGAUGUAGGGAUUGAGGGCAACUGGGCAAUUGGAGUGGCCAAGGAGUCUUUGAAGUGCAAGGGUGAGGUGGUCCUCAACUCUGAGAAAGGUAUCUAUGCUAUCGGGAAGUGUGGGGACCGAUAUUUUGCUUUUGAACGACAGAACUUUGCUUUCCCGUGGACGCGCCUGAGGCCCAUGAGAAUCAGGGUGUACUUGGACUACGUUGGGGCAGGUGUGGUGUUUGCCGAUGCCAACCAAGCGGCAGAGCUUUUUGAGUUCAGAGAGGGAUCGUUCCAUGAUGAGAAGCUUUACCCCUUCUUUUGGUUACAGCAGGCGGGCCAGCUCAAAAUCCAUUCCUAGGGACAGUACAAGUAAAACCUUCCCAGCAGAAACAAUUAUUUUUUUUA